AUGUUUUUAAAUAACAAACUAUUCGACGAUGGAAUCUGCAAUGGUACAAUUGGGCUUAUAACUAAACUAAGAGAUAGUAAUAAUAUCGAAGUUACAUUUCCAACUUAUGAAGGCAUAAACAAAGUUACUGUUCAAAAAGAAACAUCCUACUUUGAAAUCAAUAGCAUACCUGCUUCUCAACAACAAUUUCUUCUUCAGAAUGCUUUUUCUCUUACAACUCACAAA